GCGGAGGAGCGCGCGGCGUGUCACGCCCACACGCAUCAACCAGUAGUGAGGCGGCAGCAACUGUCAUUCAGAGUGAGGACGUGAUGGAGGAGAGGCAGCGGCGGCUGGGAAGCACCAAGUAAAACGUUUCGAAAAGUGAAGAAAACUUGUGUCAAACUUUGCCCCGCGAUGCUCACAGCUGCUGCCGGGAUGUGUUAGAGUCCGAACGAGAAGCAGUGACUCCGGCAGCUCGUCUCUCUUCCUGCUCCAGGGAAUUACAGCCAGUUUCGGAGGAUGUCAGCCCCCAGCAACUCGCUCCAGCAGGCGAGGGUGAGACGCAGCAAUGCGGGCUCUCCCGGCGGUGGUGGUGGUGGUGGUGGCGGCGGCGGCGGAGGCAGCAGCUGCCGUCUGCACCCCCUCCGUGCCACCGUGCCCUACCAGCUCCUGCGUGCGGGUCAGAGCAGCCCGACGCGGGCGCAGACCCUCCACGGAGGAGCCACGAACAGCCGGGGCUCCAGCACCCCCUCCAGCCCGACACUCAGUUCAGGAAGCGCAAAGCCAAGACUGUCCCCCGAAAACAGGGACUCCUCCUGUCCCCCCGACUCUCCUGUUUCCAGAGCAGAAAGAUCCAAGUUGCAGGUUCGGACUUCCAGUAGCAUCCGGCGGACGUCUUCCCUGGAUGCCAUCACAGGUCCUUACCUCACAGGCCAAUGGCCUCGGGACUCACAUGGACCGUACGCCUCCUGUAUGAAAGACAAAGCCACACAGACUCCAGGUCUCUGGAAUGAUGAAGGAGCAGAACAGGGAAGUCCUCACCAGCGGUCAGCCUCCUGGGGCAGCGCAGACCACCUCAAAGAGCAGAUUGCUAAACUACGACUGCAGCUGCAGCGCAGCAAACAGGUCAGCCGGCAGAGUAAAGACAGGGAGCAGAGCUCGCUGCAGCUGCCGCAACAGGCACUGCACAACACUGCAUGCCAACCUCAGUACAAGGGACCUUCGUCAGCCUUGUCGAUGAUCCCUGUGCCAAAAUCCUUCAUAUGCCGAGUUCCGAGCAGCGUGGAGGGCAUCAACCACGAGCUAGAAAAUGUAUUUAUCAGAGACGACUGGGAGCAGGGGAUCCAGUCCAUGGACGCAGUGGAUGGCCGUCGCCCCCCUUUCCCUCCGCACCGCUACAGCAACGGCGGGGACACACGUGACACAGACACACAGGCGCCUUCAAGCGGCGACUCCAGCCCGUCGCCCCGCCCCUGCAGCUCUGACCACCUCCACUCCCCCGAUGGAAGUCCCUGUUCUGCAGAGGAAAUUGACAAAGACAGUGUGUGCAGUUCUCCUCUCCCCAAGUUUGCCACCUCUCCCAAACCUAACAACAGCUACAUGUUUAAACGUGAACCUCCAGAGGGCUGUGAGAAGGUCAAAGUGUUUGACGAGUUGGUGUCUGGCAAAUCAAAAGGCUUCCCUCUCUUCUCAUGCCCGGACAAAAACAAGGUGAACUUCAUUCCCAGGGGCUCGGCCUUCUGCCCCGUCAAACUCCUCUGCUCCUCCCUCUUCUCCCCGGUUUCUCCCUUAUCCUGCUCCUCGGCCAACCCCGGCCUCCAUGGCAGUGAGAACGCCGGACCUCUGGUGACCCCGACUCUGCCCACUGCACCACUACCUACCUUUCCGGCCUCCGCUGACCGGAGCAUCGACAAAAGCACAGGCGUAAACACAGACAGCAGCACAGACAGCCCGAGCCCCGACGCAGAUGUGGGGAAAGACGGCUCAGCACAAGUUCUGCUCACCAGCUAGUCCUCAGGUAUUCAUGACCAAACCACCUACAGAGAAAACAUUUCAACUAGUCGGGUGGUAUGGUUUAAAAAAAUAAUAAAAAUUUAAAAAAGAAAUGAAAAAGAAGAAAACAAACAAAAAAAUCCUUGCACUCCGUUAAUCCUAACAUUAGCCAGCAGGGAGUGCCCAAGGUCUAGAAAAGAGAAAAUCUUAUGGCUAACGGUACCAACAUCCCGCUGCACAAGCAUUUCUGCUCGGUUUCAACUUGUCCCGCCGUCUGUGACGUUUUAUCGAGAACACAUGACUUGGUCAUCGUCUCUCAGAGUUUAGAGUGUGUUGACCUUGGGCACAGCCUCCUUUUACCCAUCACUAACCUAGCCUUCUCCUCUUUACCCUGAUACCACCCGUAACAAAUAUAGCUUCGCUUUCUUUUUCAAAUUAUUGUUACAUAGCACUGGCAGUUUUAUCGAGUUGAAAUAAAAAAAAAAAAAGGAAAAAAAUCCAAAACUUUGACAAGAGACAACGAUGGGAUAUCACAAACACAGUCUACUCAUUGUUAUGUAAUCAGCUUACUAGCUGUCAAGUGUUCAGCGAGCUUAAGUACACAUAUAUAAGCUUUUUGACAGGAUGGGAUGGUUUUUGUUUCAUAUACAGUAUUUAACAUAUCGGGACGUCUUGCAGUCCGAAUACUCUCUCCCACAUUAACCACAGUGUUUGCACUUGUUAAGAGCUGGCUCAGAAAGAAACAGGCCACGGCCUAUUUUUUCAUUUGUUUAUUUUGAAGUCUUCGCAGCACAGUGUCAGUGUGAGGCUCCAGACAACAAGAGCCGAGACUUUGAUCCACGUUAGUCUGAUCACUCGGUUCAACACGACUUCAAGUUUUUCAGAGACCAAAUAACCAGUCACAAAGCACACAACCCCCCCGUUGCCUUGUUGUAUUGCCCCACUCUACCCCGAACAAUAACUCAGGUCAUGUGGAAUGUACUUGCUUGGACUAAGUUGCCUUUUCCAAGUGUUUAUGACUUUCUCUGACAGAAAUAUUUUAUUUUUUUCUCCCCGGAGAAAGACGUUAUUACAGACUGAAUCCGAUUGUUGAUGUCACAGUUUGUGACUCGUGGCUUUUGCAUGAACCUGUUCAGGAGUUUCAGGUGCUAUGACACAUUCCAGAGAUCGCUGUUGCAUCGGUCAACAGUCAGUCCUCGUGUAAAUGGAACUAGCUAAAUAAGCUACACCCUUCCAAAUUGAGAAGUCAACAAUUCCAUUGUCUGUUUUGCCCCUUUGUUAGAAAUGUACCAAAGUUAAUUUGAAAACAAUGAAAGGCCUGUCGUGCAUUUGGGACACACAAGGCACCGUUUUGUGCAAGAAACCGAAUGUUAGUGUGUUUUUGUUUUGUUUUCCACACACUUCAACAUAUAAACACUGGUUGAUGUUGUUUGAAACACAGGCGUUAAUAGUUCAACAAGCCUAAGCACUUACUUUUUGAGUGAGAUGAUAAUCACUACUUUUUAUUUUGGACCAAUUUGUUAAAACAAUCAGAACUUGAGUGUGCAAUUGAUUUUGUUUUUGAAGUACUGUAAACGUACACUAACAUAUAUUUUGUGUAACACAGUUUGGCUCAAGAUACACGUCGUAGCAGAUGUUCCCUGAUGUUCCCUGCACAUGUUGUAUCACUAGAACAUAUUUAAGAUUUACAGCAGGUUAACCUUCAACGGGAGGAUUUAACAAGGAAACGUUCCAUUCCAAAACGCUGGUCUGUCUACACACUCGCACACAGAAUCAAAUAUGAACAACAUAUGCAAAACAUUCCUCACAGAUUAAGUUGAAAUUCUCUGUUCUGCUCUCGGCUCCGUGAGUUUCAAUCGUACUAAAACUAAUUCUUAUUCGCAAGCUCAUUGUGCAGCGCAGUUGAGAGAUGGUUGCCAUGUUCGGCGACGGUAAUUCAGUUUUCCUGUGUAUUACGCAUUUUUAUGUAGAACUUGUGUGUUUUUCAAUAAAGAAAACAGAAAAGUC